CUAAAAUGGUGGACGAUGCGAACGAAACUUGAAUUGGACAUUUCUUGGGGUUUUUGCCUUUAUAUUCUCAAUAAAAUUUACCACUGCAAUAAAAACUAUACCGCAGGAUAUAAGUCUGAGUCAACAUGCCUACAAUAAUAUUGCUAGAUGUCUCUUUGUCAAUGACACGCCCAGUAAACAUUCCUGACACAAAUGAAGAGUACCAGAGGCGCCAUCUGGCAAUCCAAGGCAUCAAUACACUUCUCGAUCAUAUCACCACUCAUUCUAAGUUAGAGUUUAUAUCUUUGAUGAUAUUUUCUUCUCAAUGGGAGCAAGUUGUAAAUUUCACCAGAGAUGUUGACAGUAUUAAAUCUGCCUUGACCAAGUUAGAUGACUAUGACAAAACUAAUGUAUGCAAUGGCUUACAAGGUGUCUUACAAGUGGUUACUGAGGAAUGGGGUACAAAUGCACCUUGUCAGAUUGUUUUGAUAACAGAUGGCAGCACUGGUACUGGGAGUGACUCUCUAAAACACCAUAUUCAAUACAGAGACACUAAAUUCCCCCUGCCUUUCCCCUUCCCAUCCAAACUACACAUCUGCUGUGUUGGAUCACAGGAGGAACCAAGUGUUUCAGCCUCAUUGCCUCUCUAUAAUAGACUCAUAGACCUUAAUGGAGGCAAGGGAGGUGUGUUCGUACCAGAAGGCAGUCUGAAUAUAACAUCAAUACAACAGCUAUUUUCUCAGCUUGCAGAGAAAUAUUUCAGUCCAUUUAAUGCAGUGUUGAAUUGUGGGAACCUUAAAUGUAAAGUUCAAUUGUUCCCAGCACCAGAAGAUUACAAAAUGCAAUCUCUUAAGAAGAGUGUUUCAAAUGAUCUCCAAAUAUUAGGCUUUGUUGACAUCCAAGAUGUUGCAAGCCCCGCAGGUUUAUCGAGGCAUUUGGUUCUCCCCAAUCCACCCACUAAAGAAGAUGAAAGUCAACCAAAUGGAGAGAAAGAAAACAAGGACAUUAAAGAAGAUGAGGAAGAAACUGAUGAAUUCAAGACCCCAUCUUUCACAGUACUGCUUCAUGGUGCUCUCAAAGUGCACAGUAUGAUUGCCUUAACACAGAUAGGGGAAGAUUGGUAUGGAAUGCUCUACUCAUUUGCUGACAAUAGGAAGAAAUCUAAUCUGAUGUUGACUAUAUAUGAACCAGGUAAAUACUGCCUUCCUUGGCUAGGAAACAUGGAUAUGUUAGCACCAGCUACUGACUUCCCUGAGCCUCCCUAUGGGGAAGAUGACAACAAGUCCCCAUUCCCUGUGAGGCCCAAGGAGAAGAGGAGCUAUGCAAAUAACUGUGUGGUCUGGUUAAAAGCCUCUGGUGUACAGGCUGAUAUACAGAAAAUGCUCAGACAUGCCAGGAAGCUGCCAGAGAAACAACAACACUUUUACAAGGAGCUGAAUAGACUACGUAGAGCAGCUUUAUCAUAUGGUUUCACAGCCUUACUAAAGUCAGUGGCCCUGAUGUUGGAGCGAGAAUGUACCUGCCUUCCUGGCAGCUCCCAUCCUGAUGCAGCACUACAACUCACACAUGCAGCCAAUGCACUCAAGUCUGAACAGUUCAGGGAUAUAACACAAAAUAUAGUCCCAUUGCGGACUAAUUUCUCUGAGGAUUCCUAGCGUUAGAACUCUCUGAGGCCAUAUUGAUGUCAAUUUAAUUGGAUUAACUCAGAUCUGUAAGCUGUUAUUACAGAGUACAAAUGCAAAGCAAUAGCAGGAGUCACUAAUGCUCAAGUAUGAUGGAU